UCGUCAGCAAAAUGUGUGUGGUCCGGGAGUCGAUGGUGCUCAUACCCUGCAAACACACUUCUCCAAACGAGCAGGUGAGCUCAGCCGAAUGGCUCUGUGAGAGAUCGUCGGGGCAGAGGGUCAGGGUUUCUCAGGACCCUGCGUUUGUAGGCCGUGUGGAGUUUGUGCAGCCUGCCGCUGGAAACUGCUCGCUGCUGCUGAGGGACGUGAGGGAGAGUGACGCCAGCAUCUUCCGGUUUGUGCUCAACACUACUUCCGGACAAACUUGGACAAACAAUCAGGGAAUCCAGCUAGAAGUAACAGAUGCGAACCUGGAGGUAAAGACAGAGUCUGAUGCUGUGAUGGAGGGAGACUUGAUUAUGUUUGUCUGUGGUUCAUGCAUCCCCUCAAUGACUGUACCAACCUACAUUUGGAGUAAAGAUGGGCAACUGCACAGUCAACACCAUGGGGAAAACAUACUUGUUUUGGAGUCCGUCGAGCUGAAGGAUGGAGGCAGAUAUUCCUGCACCAUAAGCGGUCAUGAGGGACUGAACUCUGCAUCUCAUGAAAUCACUGUUAGACCUGGAUAUCCUCCAAAGAGUGUCUCAGUGUCCAUCAGUCCGUCUGAAAUAGUGGAGGGAGAUUCAGUGACUCUGAUCUGCAGCAGUGACUCAAACCCUCCUGCUCUGAACUUCAGCUGGUUUAAGGAGAAUCAAAGCUCAGCUGUUGGAUCUGGACAGAGUUUCAUCAUCUCCAGCUUUAACUCCAGACACAGCGGACGCUACUAUUGUGAGACUCAGAAUAAAUAUGGAUCUCAGAGAUCAGCGUCUGUUUCUUUAACAUCUGCAGGUGGCCAGAAAGCCGUUCUGUAUGCAGCUGCUGCAAUCGGGGCAAUGCUCAUCUGCAUCUGUAUCAUUAUUGUAGUAAAAAAAAACAUCAGGAAAACAGGAGAUGCUGGUGGCCAAAGUGGUGUUUCAAAACAGGAAGAAAACAACAGCACAGCCGUGACUGAUCAGACCAGCGCAAAACCUCCUAAACCAGCCGAUCUGAAUGAGUCAGUGUACGCCAGCAUCACUCACAGCAGACCCAGAGAACAGCAGAGAGAUGGAGAUGAAGACGAGGUUCAGUACGCCACCGUCCAGCACCACAGAAACACCACUGCAGAGGACAGAUGUCAGAAUGGAAACAGUGUUUCUGCCAGAUCAAAUACUGAAAAGGCGGAUGAUUCCGAUGUGAUCUACAGUAGCAUCAAAUCUUCAUGAAGAACCGGAGCGUCUGGUCACAUCACUGAACAUGCUCCUACAUUUGCAUACACUGAAGUCGGCAUGAAAUAGAAGUUGUGACUGAAAAGCAAUUCUGCUUAACAAACAAGACUUUAUUUUAUACAUCAAAUAGGCCUACAUUUGGACGGAUCGAUCACAGUAAGAUGCAUUAAGA